AAAGCUGGAGGUGGUGGGGGCCGGCCUCGGCACGCAGAGGAACAGCAGAGCAUGCCCCCAGACAACAUGGCCUCCCUGAUCCAACGGAUCGCCCGCCAGGCGUGCCUCACCUUCCGGGGCAGCGGGGGCGGCCGCAGCUCUUCUGACCGCUGCGCUGCGCCAGGCCCUGAGGCGCCGAUGCCGCCAGGCUUCCCGGAGAACCUAAGCAAGCUGAAGAGCCUGCUGACCCAGGUCCGCGCGGAAGACCUGAACAUCGCCCCCCGAAAGGCCACGCUGCAGCCUCUGCCACCCAACCUGCCGCCUGUCACCUAUAUGCACAUCUACGAGACUGACGGCUUCAGCCUCGGCGUGUUCCUGCUCAAGAGCGGCACGUCCAUCCCGCUGCACGACCACCCGGGCAUGCACGGCAUGCUCAAGGUGCUCUACGGCACCGUGCGCAUCAGCUGCAUGGACAAGCUGGAGGCGGGUAGUGGGCCGCGGCCGCAGGCCCCGCCGCCAGAGCAGCAAUUCGAGCCGCCGCUGCAGGCCCGGGAGCGGGACGCGGUACGGCCGGGCGUGCUGCGCUCGCGGGCGGAGUACACUGAGGCCAGCGGCCCCUGCGUCCUUACGCCGCACCGGGACAACCUGCACCAGAUCGACGCCGUAGAUGGGCCCGCCGCCUUCCUGGACAUCCUGGCCCCGCCCUACGACCCUGAAGAUGGUCGGGACUGCCACUAUUACCGGGUGCUGGAGCCUGUCAGGGCCAAGGCCGCCUCCGGUUCGGCCUGUGACCUGCCCCGAGACGUGUGGCUCUUGGAGACCCCGCAGGCCGAUGAUUUCUGGUGCGAGGGGGAGCCCUAUCCAGGUCCCAAGGUCUUCCCUUGAAGCUGCUGGCGCCAGGGAGCGGUGGGCCAGAGACAUGCCCUACUCAGAUCUGGGCCUGGCCGGCCGUGACCCACCACAAGGGCUCUCUCCCUGCCCUCAUGCCUGGUCGUUGGAUCUACUGGAAUGGGCUGUAGCCACUUCCUCGGGAGCCUUGGAAAGCUUCGGCACCUGGACUGCAGCCACCGGGCACGGUUUUGGGGGCGGGGUAGGCGAGGAAGUUAGGUUGUUUCCUGGCUCUGUCACUGCCACCAGGGUUUUGAUUUGGGGGGUGCGGGGAGGCGGCAGGGGACUUAUCUGAAGCGCUUCCAUCUUAAAGCCAUAAUGAAAAUUCUCUUUCCUCUGUCCCCCACCCUAUACAAAAUACACUUAAGUGGUUUUCUCAGUCCCCUCCUUGGGUAAAUAGGGUUUGUUUUCCACAUACGUGCUUAUGCCCUUUUACUCUUUAUUGUUAUAGUGCUAACUUAUUGACUUUGCAUGACCCAGUGGUUUGGAUUAUUUUUAGUUCAAGUCAUUGGUAAAGCUAGGUUUAAAGAGAUGAGUUACUGUUUAAAAGUGAGCUGUCUGGCCUAAUUAAUUCAUUGUAAAAAUGAAUCAUAUUUCCAGAGUUGGGGGAUUAUCCCCAAAACAUGACUAUGCAUGUAAAGGACAAGAUUUAUUUUCUUUCCUCUUUUUGCCCAGUAGCCACAUCUGGUUUGCUCCAGCAGCAUCUAUUAAGAAAUUCAGCACCUGCAUAUCUCAGUGACAAAUGGUCACUCAGAGCUUAUCUUCCCCAUGAGUCUCCAGAUCUGUGAGUUGAGCAGAUUUCUUGUUGCAGAUUUCACCUUUAAUGCAAAAACUAUAUUAUCCUCAAGUGACUUUUUUUGUCUUAGUGUACUUUAAGAAGUAAUAGAGUAAUUUUGUAUCUUCUAACCAGAAGAUUCAAAGGAGCUGAAUCUGUAUGCUUCCAAACAACUUGAAUGUAAAACAUUCGUAGUCAGCUGUUGAAUUCCAUGCCCCUAUUUACUUCUAGUAUUUUCAUGCAAAAGUAGAGGAAAAUGUUGGUGACUGUUUAAAACUCUCUCCAGCGUCAAUGUUCCAGAGGGCUGGUGGUUCCAGCUGUGUUGUUCGUGGUAAUGUUUGCAGAACUCUCCCUCAAAUAGGAGAGAGCCAGUGCAUGCUUCAUCUAGGGUGGUGUUUCUGUAGGAAGAGAAAGCACAGAUGAUCAAGGUUAGAGAAUUGAGAAUUGACCUUACUGCUGGCCAUUUUAGGGCACCAAAAUUUGGGACAAAACACUCCCAGCCUCUCGAAAUGAACAGUUGUACUAUUUGUGACUGGUUUUAUUUUUGUCCUUUAAAUAGGGUGAGCAGUUUUACCUUGUUUACAGAUGUAUUGACACCAUUUGCUUCAGGCCAUGAAGCACUCUUGUUUCCCCCUUUUUCCUAUUUAUAGGAUUAAUUUUUUCACGAAACUUUUAAUAAAAACAAAUUGUAGAAAUAAACACAUUAAAAUUUGCCCAGCUGUCGUCUAAGCCCUCUUGAUUGACUUGCCCAUGUGGCAAUUGAGUUCUAAUAUCUGUAAUAAACGGGGAUUUGCAAUUGGUGGGAAGUGAUGACCUUAUGUAGGGAAGCAAUAUGUGUCUGCCCCUCUUUUUGCACACUGGGUUACAGAGGCCCACAGUGAAGGAAUAUUUGUUCCCAAA